AUGUCAAUCGAGAAGCCUACCGUCCUCCUCAUUCCAGGUGCCUGGCACCAAGGAAGCACAUUUGAGCCGGUAGCGAAUAUACUUCGAGCGCAAGGGUAUCAAGCAGAAACUAUAACCUUACCUUCUGCGGGUGGACCAGCAUCAACCACUGCCUAUGAUGACGCCGAUCAUAUCCGGAAAGCAUAUCUUGACGACCUCGUUGCCCAGGGCAAGGAAGUUAUCAUUGUCAUGCACUCAUACGGUGGCAUUCCUGGGACAGAGAGUGUAAAGGGCUUGGCACGGAAAGAUCUCAUCGCGAAAGGGAAAAAGGGAGGGGUUAUCAGCCUUAUAUAUCAAUCGGCUUUCCUGGUUCCCGCUGGAGCAAGUGUCGAGUCAUUUUUGCCUGGCGGAUUAGAUCGCUAUAUGACAACAGACGGAGAGAAAAUGUAUCCCAAGGACCCCAGGGAAAAGUUCUAUAGCGACAUGGACGAUGAAACUGCUUCGAAGUAUCUGGCUGCAAUAGUGCCCCAUGCCCCGGAAACUAUGCGGACCCCACUAACGUACGCGGCCUACCAUGAUGUGCCUACCAACUACAUUUUUUGUACUCGGGACGCGGGCUUCCCACUUUUUGCGCAACAGAGGAUAGCUGCUAUCCCCGGAGAAGGGGUUGUACGCCCGUACACUGUUGACGGGGGGCAUUUUGCCAUGUUGAGUCAGCCGCAGGCCGUAGCUGAUGUGAUUCACGAUGUUGCAAUGAGAGCUGCUGCUGUUUGA